AUGGAGAAAGAGUUAUUCAUGAACUUCAAGCCUCAAUGGGUGCCGAAGCUGUUACGUGAUGUCCUCAGUCUUAGCCACGUCCCAGGCUUCGACGUUGCAGCUGCGGCUCAGAAUCGACUUAUAGAAAAAGGCAACGGAGCAAAGAGAUUCGAUCUGUCGCUGACGGGCGAUAGAGACUACUUGAAAAUACUCAUAAAGUCUCAGCCCUACGCCUUGGCGCCGUCUCGAAAAUUGUACCAUUAUUUGAAAUCUGCCACUUCAAUCAUUUACAACAACGAGAAGUUGCUCAAGAUGCCCAAACCGGUCGCUCAGAAUGGCCAGAAGAAAGACACAGUGUCAUGUGCAAGAUGUCACACUGCGGAGACAGCUUUGGUGGUGCGGACAGAGCAUCUUUGCAGGGAGUGCUUUAUGAGAUAUGUUGCAACCAAAGUCCUGAAAAGGCUGGAGACCAACAAGCUGCGUGGGGGCUUCAAGGAUCCGCAAAGGACUCUGCUAGUUCCCAUUUCAUUUGGAGUAUCAUCCAUCGCUCUGUUGCACGUGCUUGAUCAGCAGCUCAGUAAUAGGGCGGAGACAGGCCGUCAUGCUGGAUACAACCUUCACGUCCUGUUUGUGGAACAGUCCGUAGUGCUUGGGCAGCCGUCUUCCCUUGAAUCAUUGGACGUGCUCAAGCAGAGGUACCCUUCUCACACUUACACAGUAAUCUCGCUGGAAGACUGCUUUGAUUACAGCAUUGGCUUCGACACGUCAGCAUCCGCUGAUGCGUUGACGAAUGGUUCUAUCGCUCUGGACAAGCGGACUUGCUUGAAGCACAUCUUGUCAUCUGUUCCUUCGGCAACAUCAAGAGUCGAUAUGAUUGAAAUACUACGGCGUCGACUGAUCCUGGCAUUUGCAAAAGCACACGCCUGUGAUAGCAUACUUUUCGGCGAUUCGACUACUCGAUUGGCAGAAAAGACACUCUCGGAGACGGCCAAAGGCAGAGCUAUCGCUCUUCCAUGGCUGACAGCUGAUGGAUCGUCCUCUGACGGCACUAGUUGCACAUACCCGCUGAGAGAUCUGCUAAGAAAGGAACUCGGAUCUUAUGUGAGCAUGACCUCACCUCCACUGACUCCACUGAUCUGUGAGGCUCCAUUUCAACGGCCCACAUCGUCCAAGGAUACUACUAUAGAUGGCCUCAUGACUCAGUACUUCGAGUCUGUCGAACAGAACUACCCAAGCAUUGUCGCGAACGUGGUACGAACUGCAGGCAGACUAGUGGCACCUUCAACGUCUGAGGGUACGAAUACAUGCGCUCUUUGUGGAUAUCCAAUUGUGAACGAGGCAUGGGGUGGAGACCAGUUGGACUCUGGAGUACCACAAGUGGCUGAUAGCAACGGGUCCGAAUACGGCAAUUCUUUUUGCUAUGGCUGUGCGCGAACAGUCUGA